GCAAGCAUCAUGGACCAGAAGUCUCUCUGGGCAGGUAUAGUGGUCUUGAUGCUGCUUCUUCAGGGAGGUUCUGCCUACAAACUGGUUUGCUACUUUACCAACUGGUCCCAGUACCGGCAGGGACCAGGAAAGUUCACCCCAGAGAACAUUGAUCCCUUCCUGUGCUCUCACCUCAUCUACUCGUUCGCGGACAUCAGUAACAACAAGAUCACUAUCAAGGACAAGAAUGAAGCAGUGCUUUACCAGACGAUCAACAGAAUUAAAACUCAGAAUCCCAAACUGAAAAUUCUCUUAUCCAUUGGGGGUGCUACAUUCGAUUCCAAAAGGUUUCACCCCAUGGUUGAUUCUUCUGCAGCACGUUUGGAAUUUAUCAACUCUGUAAUUGCAUUUCUAAGGAAGCAUAACUUUGAUGGACUGGACGUAAGCUGGAUCUAUCCAAAUGUGAAAGACCGCAUUCAUUACACUGAGCUGAUUCAUGAGUUAUCAGAAGCCUUUCCGAAAGAGGUCGUGAAUUCCAGACAAGAGAAGCUUCUCUUGACUGCAGGAGUGUCUGCAGGGAGGCAGAUGAUGGAUAACAGCUAUCAGAUUGCCAAACUGGCAAAAGAAGUAGAUUUCAUCAACCUCCUGUCCUUUGAUUUCCAUGGACCUUGGGAAAAACCCCUCGUCACUGGCCACCACAGCCCUCUGAGAAAGGGGACGCUAGACAUCAAGACGAGUUCCUACUACAAUGUGGAAUAUGCUGUGGGGUACUGGAUAAACAAGGGCAUGCCAGCUGAGAAAGUGGUCAUGGGCAUCCCCACGUAUGGACACACCUACACACUGGCCUCUGCAGAAACCACUGUGGGGGCCCCCGCCUCCGGCCCUGGUGCCCCUGGCCCAAUCACCAAGACUACAGGUUUCCUGGCCUAUUAUGAGAUUUGCCAAUUCUUGCAAGGAGCCAGCAUAACAAGACUAAAGGAUCAGCAGGUUCCCUAUGCGGUCAAGGGAAAUCAGUGGGUGGGCUAUGAUGAUGUGCAGAGUGUGGAGACGAAGGUUCAAUUUCUAAAGAAUUCAAAACUGGGAGGGGCCAUGAUCUGGUCUAUCGACAUGGAUGACUUCACUGGCAAGGGCUGUGGCCAGGGCUACUACCCUCUUGUUCAGGCUGUGAAGAAAAGCCUUGGCUCUCUAUGAAGGCUUCACCAAGAGCUGAUCAGUAAAGUGACCUUGCUGCCUACCCCAUCUCCGAGAAGCCGAGCGUGGGAUUCACCUUGCCAGAUUGUCCCGGAACUCUGUCUAAGCUUCCCUGCCUUCAUCUCAGCCUGGCUGAGUCUGGCUUCAUCUCAGCCUCCAACUGAGCCUGGCUUUGUGCUCCUGCCGAUGACUUUACUAAAGCACAAUAAGAACAUGGUUUUGCUCCAGCAAA